UAGUUUGAAUUUUUUCUUCUUAUUCAACUCAGCAUUUUCCUGGGGUGGACUUGACCUUUAAAUUGAGAAUCAAAACAAUUGGAACACCCCCGUCCUUGUUCUGAAACUAGAUCCUGAAAUCCGACAUAUUCGACACAAAUUCCAAACUGAGCAAUGUCACCGAUAGUUUUUUACCAAAUCAGCUGACGCGAACGGAAAACCAAUCAUAACUUUUCCCCGAGCCGGGGAGCUCAAUGCCCCCCUUUAGAUUAGAUGUCAUAUCCUUCCAGCCGUACAUACGGGGCAAAAAAGUAUGAGGUCACCCCAGUGAAAAAAAAGCGACAGAGUAUAAUCUGCAAGUUGUUGGAGAGACUAAUAAAUCCACUUAAUUUUGCCAACUUUGCGUUAAGCUGUGCGACUUGAAUCCAAUAACCACCCACGUUAUACUAUAAUGCUAUAGUGGGAGAGAAACUCAUAUUAUUGGAUUUAUAUUCUUCAUAUGAUAUAUUUCAUCAAAGGUUGCACUGGAUCCCGCCCGUGUUGGGAUAUCGCUGUGGGAUAUAUUACGUUACUUUGGAAACAUGAAUGCGAUUAGGUCCUGUAUAGUGUUACUGCUGAUAUUAUGUUGUCUUCCCAGCGUAAAGCUUUCACAAGCGGUUCAACAGAAACUCCUCGAUGUGGACUUCGAGACUUCAACAUUGGGAGGGUUCACACAAAGUCAAAUAGAUCAAUAUGAUUGGCAGUGGAGAACGGGAAGAAAUCAGAUGCAUGUGAACGGCCCCGCGGUAGACCAUUCAACUACCACGUCAGCAGGACAUUUCAUGUUCGUCAACACUGUAAGUUGGAGAAGCGGUAGUAAAGCGGAACUAUACAGCCCCAACCUACCGGCCAGCGGUUCCAACCGCUGCGUGCGGUAUUAUUUCUACAUGACCGGUAUCACACCGGGGUCACUGACCGUCAGGGUCAAGUCAGGGACCGGUUACAAUAUGACGUCAGAGGUCGUAGGUCAACAAAGUGGUGAUAAAGGUCAAGGCUGGCAUCGCGGCAUGGCUAGUUUACCGCCCAUUGGAAAGAGCUACCAGAUAACAUUUGAGGCGACUAGUGACAGUACAAUCGGAGGGGAAAUCGCCAUUGAUGAUGUUGAGGUUCUCAAUUCUUCCUGUCCGAGCGACGAAUUUCAGUGUUCUUUUGAGAGUCCGGAUCUUUGCGGGUUCAUUCAAGAUCCGACCGAUGAUGGUAACUUGGUGUAUUCGAACGGAAAGACAGAUAGCUUCUAUACAGGACCCUCGUUUGACCACACCUUCCAAAAUUCUUCAGGGCAUUAUGUAUUCAUGGAGGCCACGCCCCUCGGACGUGACCAGAAGGUCCGGCUCAUCACCCCCACCCUACGAGGUGUCCCUUCCGACCAGGAGGCCCAUUGCCUGGUGUUCUGGUACCAUAUGUUUGGCAUGGCCGUUGACUCAUUGGCUGUCUAUCUCCUGGAUGCCACGAAGCAGGUGUCCACAUUGGAAUCCACAGAACCCCAAUGGAUCCUCAGAGGCAACAGGGGCAAUCUCUGGAGGGCGACGGAAGUGUCCAUCACCAUGCGAACUGAUUACAAGAUUGUCUUUGAAUUUUCUCGAGGAGUUCGGUACGAUGGGGAUAUAGCUAUCGAUGACGUCAUGGUGACAUCAUAUGCCUGCCCUGGUAACCAUGUCUACGCAAACGUAUCGAGUGUCUCAUGCGAGUUCGAAGAGGCUGAUAUCUGUCACUACGUCCAGGAUAGGACAACGGACACCGAGGAUUGGCAAUGGGGCAACGGACAGACCUAUGUCGAUUUCACUGGCCCAAGCGUGGAUCACACCCGAGGCGACGAACUUGGUUUUUAUCUCUUCUUUGAGAGAUCCGUGGGCGGAGGAGACGACGCGCGCAUCUCGUCGCCUCCUAUCCAGCCGCAGAGAGCGUCAUCCUGUGUCGAGUUUUGGUAUCACAUGUACGGCACAGACGUAAACGCUCUAAUCGUAUACAUCAACCGCCUGGACGGAGACUUUCCAGACAGACAGGUUUGGAACAUGACGGGGAAUCAAGGAGAUAGGUGGCACCGAGCAGAGCUGAUGGUUCCGGCAUCUCUCUAUCCGCUUCAUCUUGUGUUCCAUGCUUUUGGUGGUACUCAAUUCAGGGACAACAUUGCUAUAGAUGACAUCAGACUUUUUGAGAGUGCCGAAUGCCCUGAAGUAUCCCCGGACACACCGAUUGACGAGCCAAUCCCUCCCCUUGUAAGAAGCGUUGCGUGUACGUUCGAGCAAGGAUUCUGUAACCUCACCCAGGAGAGUAACGAUGUUUUUGAUUGGACGCUUGGGCAGGGGACAGACGCGAACCAGGAAACCGAGAACAUGAUAGACCAUACCUACGCGAAUACCACGGGAACAUACGCGUACAUUGAUACAUCAAAGCGUUUCUUGAGGACCAACGACAAGGCACGCCUAAAAUCACCCCUCAUCGCUCCAUCCCAGUAUCCGCGUUGCUUCACCUUUUAUUACUUUAUGGCCUCAAAAUAUGCCGAUUUUCUCAAUGUGUAUAUCGUUCCGUACGGCGGAACUGAAACCUUUGACCCACAGUUUGUGAUAUACGGGAAACAGGAAGCAAAAUGGUUGAAAGCUACGGUGGCUAUCGAACCGUCUAGGACCACAGCUGUCUACGUGAUCAUCGAAGGUGUGAUAGGACGGAGAGCAAAUCAAGGGGACAUCGCUAUUGACGAUGUCAGACUGGAAAAUAAUGGCUGCCAAAUACCAGAAAUAACACCAACAAAUCUCCCGCUGACAGCUAACUGUGAUUUUGAGCUUGAUCGAGGCUGCGGCUACAUCCAAGAAAAGACAGAUAACUUUGACUGGAUUAGACACCGAGGAAGAACCGAGACGUUGGAUACUGGACCUCUAGUCGACCACACCAAGGGAACAGCAGAAGGGUUUUAUUUCUAUGCGGAGGCAUCCCAACCCCAGAGGCCCGGUGACCGAGCCGCCUUUCUCGUCCCACCCAUUGAUGGGAGGAGCCAACCUAUGUGUCUCAGGUUCUUCUAUCACAUGAACGGCGUGGACACAGGAUCCCUCAGGAUCUCCAUGGUGCUUCCCGGACACCAGACAGGGUCUACAGGGUUGGAGAUCCUGAGGCUCUAUGGUCAGAAGAUGACGUCAUGGUUACCGGCUAACAUUGAUGUUAUUGAGGUCGAUGGACCAGUCCAGAUAAGAUUUGAGGCUGUCAUCGGUAAAUCAUACCGCAGUGACAUCGCCAUCGAUGACAUCACUUUCCUACGCAGACCCUGCGAUGGACUACCGAGUGAGUCUCUGUGCGACUUUGAGAAGGGCCUGCACGAUUGCAACUACGAGGAAAGCGGAGGUCCCUCGAUCUACUUCCAGUGGUCAUGGUACGAUUCAGCGACACCAUAUAGGCCUGCUCUACAGUCAUUAGAUUCCCUCACGGAAGAGGGCUCAAGAGAUUCUUUCCUGUUCAUCAUGGUUGGAGAAAAUCAAAUUUCUCCAGGCUCAACUUCAAACAUAUCAAGCCCUUUUCUUAACGGCGUCUCAUUCCUCGGUCACUGCGUAGCGUUCAAUUAUGCCGUACUUGGAAGCGGCGAGCUACAGCUCUUGGUUUUUGUAGAGAGCGAGAGUGGAGCCUCACAACUCUUGGGAAAGCUUGAUACGUCACAAAAGUGGAAAAGAGCUACGAUACCGCUAGGAGCAGGAGAAUAUUACAAUCCUUUUAAAGUCACAUUUAUGGCUCAACUGAAUAAUAAACAUGACAGUGAUAUAGAAGUAAUUGCAAUAGAUGACAUUGCAAUUACAGUAGGAGUGUGUAAAACAGGAAAUGUUUUACAAAUCGAAGGAAAGCAUAUACCCGUGCUUGCGCUAUCACUUCUUCUGGUCAUCUCUACCCUCGCGCUGAUCAUCGUCUGUUUCUUAUGGAUACGAAGACGACAUCGGUCGCCAUUUCCCGUCAUGUUUCUACAACGACGCCAGAGCGAUGAACACCCAAUCACGAUGUCGCUGGCCAACAACGAUCAUUCGACUUUAGAUACGACAAUGAGUGUGGAUGAAUACAGAUCAUGAUAAUAACUUAUUAAUAAUAACAAUUACAUAUUCAAUGUGUGAUUGUUGUAAUGUUUUGUAUUAAUUGUAAUUAUUUUUUCUAUGAGGAGAUGAAUAUUUUAGAUAUUUUGGAUAAAGUGCUGUAGAUAGAUGAUUGUAUAUCAGAUCAUAUAAGAGUAUCUAAAUUUGUCCUUUGUUAUAUGUAUAAGAGUCAGUCCUCUUCAGAAUUUGUGGUGUGAUAGAUUUACCAGCCUAUAAAAUAAAGAGCAUUU